UAAGCUUUCCAUACAAGUGUUUUUGUUUGUCAUAUCGAUGCAAGUGCAAGGAAGUAAAUCAAAACAAAAAGGAAAUAAUUGGAAAUAAGCCUAAUAAUGUCUUUUCUGCGCGGCUCCGUGAGCUAUGUGUGGUGCACCACAAGUGUCCUGGGAAAAGGAGCAACCGGUUCUGUCUUUCAGGGGGUCAACAAGAUCACCGGCGAAUCGGUGGCGGUAAAGACCUUUAAUCCUUACAGUCACAUGCGCCCGGCGGAUGUCCAGAUGAGGGAGUUUGAGGCACUGAAGAAGGUCAACCACGAAAAUAUAGUGAAGCUGCUAGCCAUCGAGGAGGAUCAGGAGGGGCGAGGCAAGGUUAUUGUGAUGGAGCUCUGCACCGGGGGCAGUCUCUUCAACAUUCUUGACGAUCCCGAGAACUCAUACGGAUUACCGGAGCACGAGUUCCUGCUGGUGCUAGAGCACCUGUGCGCCGGUAUGAAACAUCUGCGCGACAACAAACUGGUGCAUCGCGAUCUUAAGCCGGGUAACAUAAUGAAGUUCAUCUCGGAGGACGGACAAACCAUCUACAAGCUGACAGAUUUCGGUGCUGCCCGAGAACUCGAGGAUAACCAACCGUUUGCCUCGCUUUAUGGCACGGAAGAGUAUCUGCAUCCCGAUCUCUACGAACGUGCUGUUCUGAGGAAGUCCAUCCAGCGUUCCUUCACCGCCAAUGUAGAUCUGUGGUCGAUUGGCGUAACUCUUUAUCAUGUUGCUACUGGCAAUCUACCGUUUAGACCCUUUGGAGGCCGGAAGAACCGGGAAACCAUGCACCAAAUAACCACAAAGAAGGCUUCUGGUGUGAUUUCCGGUACUCAGUUGUCGGAAAAUGGUCCUAUUGAAUGGUCAACAACCCUGCCACCACACGCACAUCUUUCGCAGGGCUUAAAAACCCUGGUCACGCCUCUUUUAGCUGGCCUGCUUGAAGAGAAUAGGGAGAAAACCUGGUCCUUCGAUCGGUUCUUUCACGAAGUGACACUCAUCUUGCGCAAGCGGGUAAUCCAUGUCUUUUUCACCAAUCGAACCAGUUCCGUAGAAGUAUUCCUGGAGCCCGAUGAACAGAUUGACAAUUUCCGAGAGCGCAUCUUUCUACAGACUGAGGUGCCGCUGGAGAAACAAAUUCUACUGUUCAACAACGAGCAUUUGGAGAAGAAGGUUACUCCAAGAACCAUAGCUAAAGCAUUCCCUGUCACCACCACGGAGCAGCCCAUAUUCCUCUACAGCAACGAUGACAACAAUGUUCAGUUGCCCCAGCAAUUGGAUCUGCCCAAGUUCCCCGUGUUUCCUCCCAAUGUUUCUGUGGAAAAUGACGCCAGCUUGGCUAAAUCCGCUUGCAGUGUUGGCCACGAGUGCAAAAGACGCGUUGACAUCUUCACCUCGAUGGAUAUACUCAUCAAGAAGGGAGUGGAACACUUUGUAGAGAUGCUUAUAACCACAAUAACUCUACUUUUAAAGAAAACAGAGAGUUUUGAUAACUUGCUUUCCACUGUGAUUGAUUACGCAGAUGUUGUGCAAAGCAUGGCCAGAGCGACAAAAGGAGAUCAGGAGCUUAAGACUCUGCUGACUGCUUUGGAUAAUGUUAAAAGCGACUUUGAUGGAGCCGCCGAUGUGAUCUCACAAAUGCACAAGCAUUUUGUUCUAGACGAUGAACUCAAUGACCAAUGGACAUCCUCUAUGCACGGCAAGAAAUGCCCCUGUAAAACCAGAGCCAGCGCCCAGGCCAAAUAUCUUGUGGAACGUUUGCGAGACUCUUGGCAGCAUUUGCUUCGAGAUCGUGCCACUCGCACGCUUACCUACAACGAUGAGCAGUUCCACGCCCUUGAGAAGAUCAAGGUGGAUCACAAUGGCAAGCGCAUUAAGUCGUUACUUUUGGAUAACGUCAAUCCGACAGUGGCUCAGAUCGCAGAGUGCCUCGCGGAUUGGUACAAGUUGGCGCAGACCGUGUAUCUUAAAACACAAAUCCUGGAGAAAGAUGUGCGAGACUGCGAGCGAAAGUUAAAUGGCAUACGUGACGAACUUUAUCACGUUAAAUCGGAGCUAAAGCUGGAUGUGGACACCAAGACCAUAAACAACAAUAACCAGCUCGCCAAGAUCGAGGAGCGGAAUCGGUUGAGAGUGAUGCUGCAACAGCAACAGGAAGUUAUGGCGAUCAUGAGAACAAACAGCGAGAAAAUAAGUUUGUUUAGCAAACUGGGUAUUGCAAAUGGGGGCCUUGAAAGCAGUUAGCUUGGCAAGUCGUGCAUAUGAAAGAGUAUUUUAUUCGCCUAUGUUUACCUUGUAAGUUAAAAAUAAAUUUAUGAUUUUAUAUGAAUUUUAAAACCGAA